UCGGGCAACGGCGCAGGCACGUGGUCACGGACGGCAGGCAGCAAGUGGGGAGCGCACGAUGGGCCGGCGUGGAAGUGCUGGGUGUGUGGGCUGGGCGAUCAGUUCGGCUUCCGCACCCACUGCCGCGACCCCCACUGCCAUGCGCCGCGUGCUGGUGGUACCUGGUCGGCGGCUGGCGCGGGCGCGAAGCAGCAGGCGGCCUCCCUGGCGGCGAAGCUCAAGGCGGUCGAGGAGCGGGAGAAGGCCCUCCAGGCGAAGGUCAAGGCCCUGGAGGACACGUCCGCCAAGGCAGGUGCUGGGGCGGGCCUGGAGAAUGCGCGGCCUUGGGCCAAGGGGCCGAAUGAGGUCGAGAAGUGGCUGCGCAAGAAGCAAGAAGAAGUGGCUCGAGACGGAGCGCUCGCGGACGUGGAGGCGCAGCUGCGGUCAGCAUGCGAGUCGCGGGGCCGCGCCAAGCCCACGGCUGCGCAGCUGCGCGAGGCCAACCUCCGCGCCGAGAAGGCGGCGGCCACGCUGGUCGCAGCGGAGACUGAGGAGCAGCGGUGCCAGGCAGCACUGCAGGCGGCGCGCGCCAAGGUGCAGGAGGCCAAGCAGGCUGAGGAGGCGGCUCGCGCGUACCAGGUCGAGGUCCAGGCGCGCGUUGCUGCGGACGGGCUGAGCCGAGGCGUCGCCAACGACGUGGACGUGCUCCGUGUGCAGCGCGUGCACCUUGCAGGCCGAGUGGGAGUCAGCCUCGAGGAGCUUGGGCUGGCAGCAGGUCUCGCCAAGCUGGCAGCCGACCUGGAGCG